AUGGAACCGUUCCCAGCAUAUCCCGAAACGGGGCAUACUCAAUUCUUUGACAACUUUGGGACCUUUUCGAUUGCUAACGACCUAACUAGCACCGUGAAAAUCUAUGAGAAAGCUCAAGAUGCUAAUCACUCAAACAUGGCAGCGGAACCCAAAUCAACACCAUGCGAAUUAAUCAGCACCUACUAUCAGACAUGUAACCAUGUUACAGUAUCUCUUCAUCACGCUACUCGCAUCAUACCAUCCAAAUCAUCCGAUCCUAAGUCAUCUGCUACAUCUACUACCCCUGGCCAAAUCAUAACAACCUGUCCACAAGUGAUCCAUAACCUAUCACUCCCUCCUCCAUUAAACCAACGGCAAAAGUCCGACACAGCACUUUGUCCCUCGAUCUUAAAUCGUACACUCAUAAAUUCAGGAUAUGGAUGUCCAGAUUGCGAGCCAGAGUAUCAUCAAUCAAUUGAUUAUACCACGACAGGACCAGGUCGUCAGGGUGAGAAAAUAGUGGAUGAAGAGAAAAUAAAAAAGAAGAGGCUUGAGUGGUGUAUGCUUGCUAUUACUGAGUGGGAGGCUAGGAAAGAGGCAGCGCUCGGCGAUGGACCAUCGGGAAAAACGGUUGGAUAA